GGUGACGCUGCGCAGAGCCUCCUCCUCCUCCUCCUCCUCCUCCACCCCCUGCAGCUGCUCUCCUCGUUCCCGUCGUUCUCCUGCAGCUCCUCACUUCUUCUCUGCAGCUUCAGCAGCUCCUCAUCCCUCAGCUCACAGUAAGAACCUUCUCCUCAUCCUCAGACAUGUCCACUAAGGUCGCGGUGGUGACGGGCAGUAACAAGGGCAUCGGCCUGGCCAUUGUCCGAGCGCUCUGUAAACAGUACCAAGGAGUCGUGUACCUCAUGUCCAGAGACGAGGGGCGUGGCCAGGAGGCCGUGGCGUCUAUGGCCUCGGAGGGACUGAAGCCCAUGUUCCACCAGCUGGACAUCAACGACCUGAGCAGCAUCACCACCGCCGCCGCCUACUUCAAGGACAAGUACGGAGGAGUGGACGUCCUCGUCAACAACGCUGGCAUCGCAUUCAAAGGGGCUGACAAGACUCCAUUCGACGUCCAGGCGGAGGUCACGAUGAAGACAAACUUCUUCGCCACCAGAGACAUGUUGACUCACUUCCUGCCGAUCGUCAAAGCCGGAGGCCGUGUGGUGAACGUCUCCAGCUUCGUCGGCCAGCGCGCCCUGACCCAGUGCAGCCCGGAGCUCCAGAAGCGUUUCCGCAGCGAGGACAUCACUGAGGACGAGCUGGUGGGACUGAUGCAGCAGUUCGUGGACGCCACCAAGAAGAACGAGCACAAGCAGGGCGGCUGGCCUGAGACGGCGUACGGCCUGUCCAAGACCGGCCUGACGACUCUGACCAUGAUCCUGGCUCGUCAGCUGACCAAGGAGAGACAGAGCGACAAGAUCUUGCUGAAUGCCUGCUGUCCAGGAUGGGUGCGCACCGACAUGGCUGGAGAUAAAGCCCCAAAGUCACCAGAGGAGGGCGCUAUCACUCCGGUGUACCUGGCCCUGCUGCCGGCCGGAGCCACUGAUCCUCAUGGGAAGUUUGUCUCUGAUAAGGAGGUUCAGGCCUGGUGAGGGGGUUCAGCGAGUGUGUGGGUGUGUGUUGGGUUUGAUUCCCACAGUGACGGUGCAUUCUUUUUUGUUUCACUUUGCCUUUUGAAAUUCAAUUUGUUUUCCUAAAAAAUAUUUUCUACAUGUAAAAGAGAAUAAUGUGCUUUAACCAGGAAAAAAAACUAAAAUGUUGUGAAAACAAUAAAAAUAUUUUUUGGCAAAAA